GAGGGGCUGCAAAGCCAGCCCAGGGAGCUGUGAGGAGGAAAGAGCCGUCCUGUGCCGGGAAGGCGGCCGGAGCUUGAGCCGGAGCUCCGAGCUGGUGGUCCCUGAGCAGCCUCCCAGCAGGGAGAAGCCCUUCAGGUGCUUGGAAUGUGGGAAGAGCUUCAGAAAGAGCUACCACCUCCUCAGGCACCAGCACAUCCACACUGGGGAACAGCCCUACACGUGUAGGGAAUGUGGGAAGAGCUUCAGGCAGAGCUCCACCCUGAUCAGACAUAAGCGCAUCCACACUGGGGAACGACCCUACAUAUGUAGGGAAUGUGGGAAGAGCUUCACUGAUAGGUCGAACCUGAUCACCCACCAGCGCAUCCACACUGGGGAGAGGCCCUACAAGUGUGGGGAAUGUGGGAAGAGCUUCAGUGACAGCUCCACCCUCGUCACCCACCGGCGCAUCCACACUGGGGAGAUGCCAUACAAGUGUCAGGAGUGUGGGAAGAGGUUUAGGGACAGCUCAACUCUCCUCAGGCAUGAGCGGACACACACAGGGGAGAGGCCCUUUCGCUGCACCGACUGCGGGAAGGGCUUCAAACACAACUCCACCCUCAUCAGUCACCGGCGCAUCCACACCGGGGAGAGACCCUACAAGUGUGGGGAGUGUGGGAAGAGCUUCUCCCACAGCUCUACCUUGACCAGACACCAACGGACACACCAGUAAAAAAAGCCCCACGAGUGCUCCGAA